CAAUUUCAGCUGUCCCGCAAAGACAUUUAUGUUAGUUAAUAACAGAUGAGUGAUGAAGUGUGAAAACAAGACCCAAAUGGGGACGAGUGUAAAUAGCAGGAACUAUGAGGUUCAGUCCACAAGGUUAUCCCUUCUGCUUCCCCACCACCACACUACCCAACACAACCGAGCAAAAAAGAAGAGGAAAAGGACAAGAAAAACUAGACGAAAACCAACAAGAAAAGAAACCCGAGCGAAAAGAAACAGAUUUUGGAGAGAGAAAGUAGAGGAGAGAGAGACCAUGCAUCCAAAGUCUCACUCACACCACCAGCAAUGCACCUCUAACUCCCAUCCCCCGCUCUUCCUCUCUUCUUACCUCCCCACCCUCUUCCUCCACUCAAAUCCUCCUCCUCCCCUCGUCGCCUCCUCCCCGUCCCCCUUCUCCUCCUCUUCCUCUCCCUCUUCCUCACCAACGCCAAAACCCAGGAAGGAAACCCACACUCACUCAAUGGAGGUCUCGACCAAGCAGCUCCUCCCCGUGCCUCAUCGGCAGGACCCCAACUCCCCUUCCUCUUCCACCUCUUCGUCGUCGUCGUCCUCCACCUCACCGUCUCACCCCCACCACCACCGCGCGCAACCCCACAACCUCCCACCGUCCCCCCGGCCCAUCCCGCGCACCAUCGACACCACGCCGUUCCCCACCACCUUCGUCCAGGCCGACACCACGUCCUUCAAGCAGGUCGUCCAGAUGCUCACCGGCGCCGAACAGCCAGCCAAGAACGACGCGACGACGGCGGCGGCGGCCGCGGGCAGCAGCGGCAGCGCCGGGACCAGCGGUGGAGGCCAGGCGGCUGGCGGGCCGUGCCGGCCCAAGAAGCCGUCUUUCAAGCUGUACGAGCGGCGGAGCAGCAUGAAGAACCUCAAGAUGAUCGCGCCGCUGGCGAUGGGCCCGCCGCCAUCGCCGCGGAGGGCCACGCCGGAGAUCCUCUCGCCGAGCGUGCUGGACUUCCCGUCCCUGAGGCUCAGCAGCCCGGUGACGCCGCUGACCGGCGACCCCUUCAACCGCUCGCCGGCUUCGACGUCGUCCUCCGAGGAGGCCGAGCGCGCGGCCAUCGCCGAGAGGGGGUUCUUCCUCCACCCGUCCCCGAGGGGCGCCGAGCCGCCGCGCCUGCUCCCGCUCUUCCCCGUCACCUCGCCCCGGAUGGCCGCCCCCGCGGCGGCGCCGUCCGAGUGAUCCGGCCCCGAGAUCCCACCUCUGAUCGCGGGCGCGCGCGCCUCCAUCACCAUGGCUACUACCUGGACUACUACAACCCUCACCUCUGGUCUUGUAAGGUGCUUGCUUCGCCGUUGUUCUUGCCUUCUUGAUCGACGCUGCUGCCUGUCUUCUCCUGCUGCUGCUGUAAUUUUUGCUCCCUUCUUGAAAGGAAGAAGGGAGUUUUUCUUCCUUUUGGAGCGGCGACUCGCGAGCGAUCGUGCGAUCCGAUCGAGCCAGGCUGGACUCCUUGAUCGCACGCGGCGCCUCCGAAACGAAGUGAUGGAUGGAUGAAUUAGUAAAUUAAUUAAUGAUGAAGAUUACUAUUAAUCUCGAGGUUAAGUUAGGUGUGCCUCGUCAGUUUCGUCUCCUGAUUCUGACCGGUUCGCUGUCCGCACUCUGAUGUCAAUUCUGUUCGCCUUUUCCCUUCAUUUCCUGUUCGGUUUUGAUUCCUCCUGAUCCCGGCCCGCUGUUCGUGCGUCAGCGCUCAUAAAUACGGUUCCUUGUAAUU